AUGCGUUUCUGUAAAAGCCAAUACUUCUACCGCUUGAUCCUCCACAGUACUCGUAAUGGCAUAUACCGGGUCUCUGGUGUGGCAGUCAACAUAAGAGUCACCCCCGGGGAGGAGGUGCUGCAAGCCGUGCCAUGGGACGAGAAGAUAGGAGCUAUUGGAUACCCCGAAAAGGACUGGGAUCGUCUGGUACUGGUUAUACAUCCUCCUGAGCAUGAUGACACGAGUUCUCACGAUCUCUUCGGCUACCAUGUCCACAACAGUUGUUGGGAGUUACUGACACAUCAUACAAUGGGGGAAACUGCGAGACACAACUUGGCCUCAGUUGUCAGGAUUCGAAACCUCCUAUUUGCUCGCGCUCAGGAACGUGCCGCUGAAUUAGCACUAAGGGUGUUCGUUAUCCAACCAGAUCCCGCCAAUAUCAAAAGCAUUCAGUCUGUGAUCAAGCGAGCUCGAAUUAGGACGCGCGUGCGGUUUCGCAUAAAAGGCCGUAUCAACCGUCGACGCAAUCGUUUGUGCUAUCUUCCAGUGGAGAUGUUAUACCCAGUCGUGGAUUACCUUUCCACCGAUGAACUCGAGAGCGUGCAGACCGCUAUGAAGUACUACCUUGGUGAUGCGUAUUGGCGCGCACGAGUCCCAAUGAAACUAUUCCACGAAGUGAGAAGUGUCUGGGAUGAAACACUGGACUGGCAAUUUCUCUGCUUAAAACUUGAACGGCUUUCGCAGACACAGGACCUAGCCUUUCGACGAUACAUUAUAGACCAGUUGGAUGAGUUGCAGGCAUUUCUUAGUCAGGCAGCAAACGAGUAA